AUGGAUCACGGCAACUACUGGCAGCUAAAAAUAAGAAAUGUUUUUGAAGUAAAUCCAAAAAUGAGUAAAACUAGUGUGAAUGACGAUUUGACCGGUACAGACAAAAAUGAUGUACCAUCUCAGACAACAAAAUCACAUGUAUCAUUCGAUGAUCAAAUUAAACUUCAUGAAUCACCAAGAAGAGAUCUAACAAUGUCUGAAACAAGUCCACUACAAUCAUCGACAGAUGAUAGUCCAUAUGUUAAAGUGAAAAUAAAUGAUGAAAGUAUUUAUGAGGAAUAUGAUCAUCGUCCUCGAACUGUAUUAGAACAACUUUACAAUUAUAAAGGAGGAAUUGUACCAGAUGCUACAGAAGCAGAAAAACCUCCGACUGUUCAACAUCGUUCAGCAAAUUUAGGAACAAUACUUGGCGUUUAUCUACCAUGUGUACAAAACAUAUUUGGUAAAUUAUUUUGGUUAGUGGGAAUUGGUGGAGCAUUACAAGCAUUAUUAAUUACAUUAUUAACAGCUAUUUCUAUGGCUGCUAUUGCAACAAACGGAAUUGUACCGGCGGGUGGAGCUUAUUUCAUGAUUUCAAGAUCAUUAGGUCCCGAGUUUGGUGGUGCUGUGGGAAUUUUGUUUUAUUUGGGAAACACAUUUGCAUCAUCGAUGUACAUUGUUGGUGCUGUAGAAAUUAUUGUUAAAUAUAUGUGUCCGGAAAAAUGUCGUUUGUUCGGUGAUGAUGUGGAAAAGCCAUCGGUCGCUUUUAAUCAUUAUCGUAUUUAUGGAACAAUACUGGUGUUACUUAUUGGCGGAUGUGUUCUUUUGGGAAUUCGAUUUGUUAGUAAAAUAGCACCAAUUAGUCUCGUAGCAGUUCUCGUAUCAAUAUUAGCCAUUUAUGCCGGUGUUAUCAAAAGUUCGUUUAAUCCACCUGAUUUACCGAUCUGUGUUGUUGGUUCGAAUCCACCACAUUUAAUUAAAUCCAAUGUGUUACGAAAUGAUGUUCGAAGAUAUUGUAAAAGGGAUAAAUUUUGUACGAAUAGUGACAAUUCAAGUGAAAUCUGUCCAUUGUAUGCGGCUAUAUGUAAUAAAUCAACAAAUACAUUAUGUAAUGACGAAAAUUUGAUGUCACAUUAUCGUCGUGAAGGUGAAAUUGAAGCUGGAGUGAAAGGUGAUGAUACAUUUGAAGUUGUUGCACAAGAAAUAACAACAUUUUUAAUAUUAGUGGGAAUUUAUUUUCCGUCCGUCACAGGUAUUAUGGCAGGUUCAAAUCGUAGUGGAGAUCUACGUGAUCCAGGAAGAAGUAUUCCGCGUGGAACGAUUAGUGCUAUUUUAACAACAUCGGCUAUUUAUUUGUCCAAUGUUAUUUUUAUGGCUGCAUGUGCUCGUGGGAUACUAUUGCGUGAUAAAUUUGGUGAUAGUAUCAAUAAACAAUUAGUUGUGGCCGUAUUAGCUUGGCCAAAUAAAUGGGUUAUCAUGGUUGGUGCAUUUUGUUCAACUGUGGGUGCUGCACUUCAAACAUUGACUGGUGCUCCACGAUUACUUCAAGCUGUUGCAAAAGAUGAUUUAAUUCCAAUAUUACAACCACUUGCUAAGAGUUUUCGUGGUGAACCAGUUCGUUCACUGAUGUUAACAUUGUUCAUAUGUGAAUGUGGCGUAUUAAUUGCAGAUGUUGAUAAAUUAACAGCUUUAUUAUCAAUGUUUUUUAUCAUGUGUUACGGUUUUGUUAAUCUUGCUUGUGCAUUACAAACAAUUUUAAAAUCGCCUAGUUGGAGGCCAAGAUUUCGUUUUUAUCACUGGCUAUUAUCAUUAAUUGGAUUAUUCCUUUGCAUUACAAUUAUGUUUAUAGCAUCAUGGUAUUUUGCUUUGAUUGCCAUGUUAAUUGCUCUAGUGAUUUACAAAUAUAUUGAAUAUAAGGGUGCUGAAAAAGAAUGGGGUGAUGGAGUUAGAGGUCUUUCCAUGUCAGCUGCUCGUUAUGCAUUAUUUCGAUUAGAUGAAGCACAACCACAUACAAAAAAUUGGCGUCCACAACUACUAGCUUUUAUUGGAAGUCAGCGUAAUGAGAACGAUAAUACGUAUGAAUUAAGACAUCCAAGAUUAAUGAAUUUUCUUUAUCAACUGAAAGCUGGACGUGGAUUUGUUGUGGCUGCAAGUAUUGUUGAAGGCGAUUAUUUGGAUAAACAUGAAGAUAUUGCACCAUUAAGAAAAUUGAUAAAAGCCGAGUUAAUUGCAGCAAAAGUACAAGGAUUUGCUGAAGUAUUAGCGGCACGUGAUGCUGAAGAUGGAAUAUCAGCAUUAAUACAAACAGAAGGUUUGGGUGCAUUGAGACCAAAUACGAUUGUGUUAUGUUGGCCGGUGAAUUGGAAAAAAGACUAUGAAAGUUAUACGGCUGAAGCAUUCGUGAGAACAAUAGCAAUUGCUGAAACAAGAAAUUGUGCUGUUAUUGUACCAAAAAACAUCGACAACUUUCCUGAUAAUAAGCAGAUUCAAGAGGGGACAAUCGAUAUUUGGUGGAUUAUUCACGAUGGUGGUCUAUUAUUUUUAAUUGCAUUUUUAUUAAAACGAACAAAAGUGUGGGCCAAAUGUCGUCUACGUUUAUUUACGGUGGCACAGCUAGAAGAUAACAGUGUCGAAAUGAAAAAAGAUUUGGAACAGUAUAUGUAUCAGUUAAGAAUUGAAGCUGAAGUUGAUGUCGUGGAAAUGGGAGAUCAAGAAAUAUCGGCGUAUGCGUAUGAACGAACGUUAAAAAUGGCUCAACGUGUUCAAUUGUUAAAAGAUCUGAAACUUCAACAGAAGGAAUUACAGUUGCAGGUAAAAUAAAUUUGAUUUGUUUUUAUAAAAUGAAAGCUGGGGCUAUUUUCUUAACAUGUACAUUACUAAAUUUGACUAUUUUUGGGUUUUGUUUCAAAAUCAUCUAUUUUUCUAGGCUAAAGGCUUUGAACGUCGUGCAUCUAAGGUGAAGUUUUAUUUGAGAAUGUUUAUGUAAUUAUUUAAUUAUCCACAAAUAAUGUUUUGUCUUGUACUAAUAAAAAUCCUGUGUGCUUAUAUUUAAACUAUAGUAUAAACUUUUAACACAAUUGUUAUUGUCUGUGAUCUGUAUAAAUAAAAAAAAUAAAUAAAAAAAAUGCAAAUUGAGAAGAAAAAGAUAUUAUAAUUUGCUUAUUUCUUUCAUAAAGAAUGAAUAUUUAAACAUUAUAAAGUUAGCAUGAAUGUUUCUGAUUAUUAUUAUAUCUUGCAUGUUUCUUUUUGUGCAUGUCAGUCUUAAUAAUUUUUUCCCUAGACGGAAUAAAUUAGCUAAUUCAAAUGUGAACGAUGAUGAAGUCGAGUCUUAGAGGUGCAGAAAAUCCCCGUUUGCUCCGUUUGGCUAUUGGAAAAUUCUUUUUAGAAAAAACUUCAGAAAAAUACUUGUAGUAAAACGCAUUCUGACAAUUUUUUAGAAAUUUUCGUAUUAGAGGAAAGUUUUUCAUUCUUACGGGUAGAUUCUGCACAUCUGUUGAGUCUACUAGAUGCUCCUAGUUUUAGAAUUAAAUCCUCAUCAAUUAUUUUCUCUGU